AAACAGAAGAUCCAGUAGAUAGAAGAUAAACCCAAGUAUCCAACAAUAAUAGCUUCUGAAAUUGUUAGAGGAGUCAGUGGGUGCUGAUGAAGAGCUUCCUUAGCAGGAGAAAAGAACAGAUUUGAUUCCAAAAACAAUUGAGGAAUAAUACAGUGAAAUAAUUCUGGAAUCGGAAGAAAAUAACAGAGAGAGGAAGAAAAAAAACUGAAAAUAACAGAGAAGAAACUACAGAAAUAGAAUAACAAGACUCCCAUUCAUCUGCUCAUAAUUGCAACUCCAGUAAAAAAGGUUUGGAAGCAGGCCUACCUCAGAACCAACAACAACUAUUAUGUACAGAUCUGCAAUGCCCUUUGAAACAGAGAAUUGGGAGAGAAGGGAUAGAAAUAGACUGCGUUGACGGCGAGUAAAAUUAAUUGAACUGAAGUCGAUAAGAAGAAAAGAAUCGGAUGAUGAUGAGCAGGGGACGGGGGGAAAAGGAUAGAACAAUGAGGGGGUGGGGAUGUGGGGAAAGGCGUUUUUGUUACAGAAACAGCGGGAGGCAACGGCUCGAUUUGGCGGGAAUAUGACGUGGCAAAGCUCCAGAAGAAUGAGCUCUUCGAGGUCCUCUAUGUCUCCAAUCCCCUUCAAAUCAAAGAAAUCGCUCAAAUCAACUCCAAAAUCUAAACCCGCAAACCCUAUUACUACCCAGACCCCAGAUAAGCCGCCUGCGGAACUCCCACCCCGCCUCCGGAACCGCCGCGUAGCGCUCUCUGUGAAAGAGGUUAGGAAGAUCGCUCAAGGCAAUCGAGAUGGACCUCACUGUAAUCAGACUGAGCAGAUCGUGAAGUCCGCCAGAAGGCAGAUCUCGUCUUGGCCCGAGGAAUCCAUUGGCGAGUCGCACAGGCCACACAAUGCUGCAGUUGAAGAGGGGCCAGCUAGACUUCCGGCGAAAUAUGAAACGUUGGGCCAGUUUUUUGAUAGCUUGGAUAGUUCAAUUAGGCUGUUGAAGUUGAAGGGCUCCAUGUCUACAUUCACUAAUGUUUCCCCUAAAAUCGAGUGCUUAACAGAUAGGAGAUUUUCUCAUCAACAUUUGGCUCAAUUGAAGUAUAUUUUGCCCGAAGCGAUUGAGAUAAAGAAGGUACUCAUGUUUGACGAGCGAACCAGUUGUAUGAAGCCAGACCUUCAUGUCACUGUAAAUGUAGAUGCAAUUGAAUGUGACGGUAAUUUGAAAUCAGAAAGUAAGAAUCUGCAUUUGAGGAAGAUCUUCCGUGCUCGACUUGCAGAAUUUUAUAGAGCCCACCCAGAGGGUGAUGAAAUUCCUGAGGAAAUGCUGCCAGAGCCUUUCAACCGAUCAAAGCAAGAUCUGAGUUCAGAAAUUAUUAAAGCUCCCACCACGUCGUCACCCAUAGAGACAUCAGCUGCUGAUGUAUAUGUAGACCAAAACCCCAACCCCUCUUUGCCUGUAGAGUCUAAUCCACUUGAAAGACAGCAACCAGCAGUAGCAUCUCAUUUCUCAGGAUCUUUCAGGAGGCGUUUCUCCCAGAAAAUUGCAAAAAGUGAGGCAGAAAACACUAACCCGAAUCCUCAAAAGAUUUGCUCCCAACAAUCAAUUUUACCAAUUUCAGAGCCAUGCUUUGACAAAAUCUCUUCUAGAGAGGAAGCUAGUGCUUCUGCCUCUUCCCUAACCAGAAUGCCAUCCGAACCAACAACUGAUGGUGACAAAUUUUCCGCUGGUGUUCCUAUGCCUUGCCUCCCUGCAACUCCUUGCAAAGAGAUAAACUCCACUAACUAUAGAGAUAAUUCACCCAAAAAAAUAGAAAGCUUCCAGUCAACUCCUGCAAAACUUGCUUCACCUUCUUCUUCGUUGAUGUCAAUGACACCUGCAUUGCAUCCGCCAAAAAGAUGUUAUAUGAGCCCGGAUGAUGGUACCACUAGCUUAGCAGACAAGCUCACUAGGCGUCCAUCACGAACCAGGUCUCUAAAAUUUGAAACUCCUGAGAAGAAUGUAGUGCAUGAACUUAAUGACAUAGAGGAUGUGUCAGCUGUUGAUGAUGAUAUUUUGAAUAUUCUCCCUGAGAGUCUUCUGCAAUCAAUACGAGAAAAAGAAAGAAAGGUCCAAGAAGAGCGAGAUCCAGCCAUCUCACAAGCAAAGAAGCGGCGGCAGAUGAUUGCCUGCCUGCCAAAGCUUUUCAACAUGAUUCAUUUCUUGUUUCAGUCAAUAAAAAGAUCAGUUAUCACAAAAGAGGAGCUUAUACACAAGAUAAUUGCAAGUCAUUCUGAUAUUGUUGAUAGAAGAGAAGUUGAAGAGCAGCUAAAAUUGCUGCUUGAACUAGUUCCCGAAUGGAUCUCAGAGAAAUUGGCGACUGGUGGGGAUUUGCUCUUCUGCAUUAACAAACUGUCAAGCCCUGAAACAAUACGUGCACUACUUGAACAAGCAAAGUGAUGAGAGCUUUUCGGAAUUUUAAUGCAGAAGCACAUGAGAGGAUUUGGUCCCAUUUUGUUGCGCUAAUCCCGGAUAAUCUAAUUUAUCUUGUAUUUAAACCGUUGUUAAUAGAAAAGUGUAGCUACUUGUGAAGUUGGUAAAUGUUUAGUAUUCUUUAACAGAAUGACAAUAUAGUGAAAAGCCUUUCUUGUAAUUUCUAAGUUUUCUACUAGUAUUAUAAGCCAGCUUGUUAUGUAUUCUUGAUAGUUUAAGAUUGAUUAUUGUGGUUGCCAUUGGAGGCCAAAUCAUUGAAGUAGCUAGUUUGUGCGUGUAGUUCUCUCUUCAUAUUAUUAGUUUUAUUGAUGGGACGACAAUUUGUAUUUGGAA